AUGGGUAUUCUUGACAAGCAGCGUUUCUACCACAACGGCCACUCGCCCAUUUACCUGCGUACUGCCGGCUCGCGCCUUGUUGUCCGCGGCAUCUUUGGUCUGAUUAUCGGCGGCACCCUGCUGUCGGUCGUCCAGCUCGGUCGCGUGAUCGGCGGUGCUAAGCCCAGCAAAUAG